AUGGACCCCGCCCUGAGGGAGCCCCGCCCCGUGUGUCCCCGCCCUGAGGGAGCCCCACCCCUGAUGGACCCCGCCCUGACGGCCCCGCCCCGUGUGUCCCCUCCCUGGUGCCAGGACGCGCAGGCGGAGGAGGAGAUCCGUCAGGAGAUGUCGGCGCUGCAGCAGCGGCUCACGGAGCAGCAGAGUGUCCUGCAGAGGAUCGCGGCCCCCAACAUGAAGGCCAUGGAGAAACUGGAGAGCGUCAGGGACAAGUUCCAGGAGACCUCCGACGAGUUCGAGGCCGCGCGCAAACGCGCCAAGAAGGCGAAGCAGGCGUUCGAGCAGAUGAAGAAGGAGAGGUUCGACCGCUUCAACUCCUGCUUCGAGGCCGUGGCCACCAACAUCGACGAGAUCUACAAGGCCCUGUCCCGGAACAGCAGCGCCCAG